CGCGAAGUGGUUGCGCACUCCUCAGCCAUCCGAAACCCUACUCGUGAGAUGCGCAGCUGUGACUGAGAGCAGCAUUGGACGCAUUUCCCACCUCCGAUCCGCUUGGCUUUUUUGUGUGCACAAGAUCUCACUGUUUUUACUUGAAGGACAGUUUUGUUUUGCGCCGUUGCUUUUUGGCACUCGCGCCCCCCACCCCCCUCAAGAGCGGAGGCAUAUUGUCUGUGGCGCAGCGCGACAGUGCGGUGUCCGAUUACAAACCACCGAGGAGCCAUCGGCAAAGAGCGUUUCUCUGUGGGGCAGAAAUAGCACGCAGGACUCCGGAGGGACGAGAGAGAGAGAGAGAGCACAGAGGAAUCUCUGCAGAGAAAGGAGUUUUACUGAGCUCGAUUUCUGGCAAGAGAGGCAACAGAACGGAGGAUAUAUCAUCUUCAGCUCAUCUUUAUUUUUUGUUUCUCCAUACCACUCUUCUCACCGGGACAAGACGCGCAGCUUCGCUCCCUACUAGAUGAACGGGAAUUGGGCACCUCACUUGGUGUGUCUCUCCAAUGCUCUUGGUCCCUGAGGCCUGAGGAGAAGUGAGCUAAACCCAGGCCCCCAUGGGACGCCCUGUUACCCAGCAUGCACUGCUGCUGCUGCAGUGCAUGCUGGUCCUGCGGCCCGGAGGCGUGGCCAGUAGGAGAGGGCCGGUGCUGCUGCCUGAAUCACCUUGUCACAAGACAGAGCACCCGCUCAUUCCACACUCAGCGAUGGAGCCAUGGAUCUUCAGGUUCAAAGCAGAAGGCACGGUGGAUUACUCACAGCUGACCUUCGACCCUGGCCAGAACGAACUGAUCGUCGGUGCCAGACAGAAACACUCCCCACAACAUGAACAAGAUAUAAGGAAGGAGCCAGCAGGAAGAAAUCACCUCUUCAGACUGAAUCUGGAAGACCUUACACUGAUCCAGGAGGCUGAGUGGCACUGCGAUGAGUUCACCAAGGGAGCCUGCUUCAGCCGUGGGAAGUCUGAGGAGGAGUGCCAGAACUACAUCAGGGUGCUGUUGGUGAAUGGGAACAGGUUGUUCACCUGUGGAACCAACGCCUUCACCCCCAUCUGCACCAACCGAACGCUGACAAAUUUGACAGAGAUCCACGAUCAGAUCAGCGGGAUGGCUCGGUGUCCCUACAACCCCCUCCACAACUCCACUGCCCUGAUCACCUCCAGCGGGGAGCUUUACGCUGCCACGGCCAUGGACUUCUCUGGGCGAGACCCCGCCAUCUACCGCAGCCUGGGUGGCCUGCCACCGCUGCGCACUGCCCAGUACAACUCCAAGUGGCUGAACGAGCCAAACUUUGUCUCCUCCUACGAUAUCGGCAACUUCACCUACUUCUUCUUCCGGGAAAACGCAGUGGAGCAUGACUGUGGCCGGACGGUAUUUUCCCGCGCAGGGCGUGUAUGUAAGAACGACAUCGGCGGUCGCUUCCUCCUGGAGGACACGUGGACCACCUUCAUGAAGGCCAGGCUGAACUGCUCUCGACCGGGGGAAAUCCCCUUCAACUACAACGAGCUGCAGGGAACGUUUUACCUGCCUGAGCUGGAGCUGCUCUACGGUAUUUUCACAACCAACGUAAACAGCAUUGCUGCGUCUGCGGUGUGUGCCUUCAAUCUCAGUGCCAUAUCACAGGUUUUCAACGGGCCCUUCAAGUACCAGGAGAACUCACGGUCAGCAUGGCUGCCCUACCCCAACCCUAACCCAGACUUUCAGUGCGGCACCAUUGACUCUGGCUCCUAUGUGAACCUGACUGAAAGAAACCUGCAGGACGCUCAGAAGUUUUUGCUGAUGCAUGAGGUGGUCCAACCCGUGGUUCCCGUGCCCUACUUCAUGGAAGACAACGUGCGCUUCACUCAUGUGGCAGUGGAUGUGGUGCAGGGGAAAGACAUGCUGUUUCACAUCAUAUACUUAGCUACUGAUUAUGGUACUAUCAGGAAAGUGCUUUCCCCUCUCAAUCAGUCCACGGGGAGCUGCCUAUUGGAGGAGAUUGAGUUGUUCCCGCCCAGGAAGAGACAGCCGAUCCGAAGCCUGCUGAUCCUGCACAGCCGCAGCGAGCUUUAUGUGGGUGUUAGAGACCAGGUCAUCAAGAUCCCACUGAAGAGAUGCAGCUACCACAAGAGCAGAGAAGCCUGUGUGGGAGCCAGGGACCCAUACUGUGGUUGGGACCUGCUAUUGAAGAAGUGUACCACGCUGGAGGAAAGUGUCAGGAUGAGCCAAUGGGAGCAGAGCAUCACAAAAUGCCCUAUCCGUAAUGUGACUGUUGAUGGAGGCUUUGGUGCCUGGUCAGGCUGGUCCACAUGUAGUCAUAGCGACGGAGGCAGCGCGGGGUCCUGUCUGUGUCGGACACGAGCCUGUGAUAACCCCGCCCCUCAGUGUGGGGGCCAGCAUUGUUAUGGCAUAAGUGUGGAAGUCGCCAACUGCUCCAGAAACGGGGCGUGGACUCCCUGGACUUCCUGGUCUCCCUGCAGCACCAGCUGCGGCAUCGGCUUCCAGGUCCGUCAGCGCUCCUGCAGCAACCCGACCCCUCGCCAUGGCGGACGAGUGUGUGUGGGCCAGAACCGCGAGGAGAGAUACUGUAAUGAACACCUGCCCUGCCCACCGCAUGUUUACUGGUCGGCCUGGUCGGCAUGGGAACGCUGCACUGUGCCCUGUGGCGGAGGGAUCCAGUCACGACGCAGAACCUGUGAGAACGGCAACGACUGUCCCGGGUGUGGUCAGGAGUACCAGUCAUGCAACACCCUGCCAUGUCCUGACCUAAAGAAGACCACACCCUGGACUCCCUGGACGCCCGUCAACAUCUCCGACAACGGCGGGCACUAUGAGCAGCGUUUCCGCUACACUUGCAAAGCUCGCAUCCCAGAUCCCAGCCUGCUAGAAGUAGGCAGGCAGAGGAUCGAGAUGCGCUACUGCUCCAGCGACGGAUCCACCGGCUGCUCCACUGACGGAGAGGUGCUUCGUCUCGGGAGGAUAUCAGGCCACACGGUGAACGGUGGCUGGUCAUCCUGGAGUUCGUGGUCCCAGUGCAGCAGAGAUUGCAGCCGGGGAAUCCGCAGCCGGAAGAGGACCUGCAGUAACCCAGAGCCCAAGUACGGAGGUCAGACCUGCCUGGGGCCAGCACAGGAGUAUCAGGAGUGUAACAUCACCCCUUGUCCAGUGGAUGGCAGCUGGUCAUGCUGGUCUUCAUGGUCCAAGUGUUCUGUGAUGUGUGGAGGGGGACACUACAUGAGGACGCGCACCUGCAGCAACCCUUCGCCGGCUUACGGAGGGGACAUAUGCCUGGGCCUGCACACUGAGGAGGCACUGUGCAACACACAAUCCUGUCCAGAGAGCUGGUCCAGCUGGUCGGAGUGGUCCCGCUGUGACUCCAACGGCGCCCAGAUGCGUGUACGUCACUGUGAUGUCCUGUUUCCCACUGGAAACCAGUGCUCAGGAAACAACAGCGAGACUAGGCCAUGCUCCCCUGACUCCAAUUUAAUACCAGAAGUCUCCAUUGCACGCUCAAGUCAGGAUGAAAGGCGCUGUGGAGACUUCAACCUCUUCCACAUGAUCGCCGUGGGGCUCAGCAGCUCCAUCCUCGGCUGUCUCGUUACCCUGCUGGUCUACUCGUACUGCCAGCGCUACCAGCAGCAGUCACACGACGCCACCGUCAUCCACCCCAUUUCAGCCGCACCGCUCAACACCAGCAUCACCAACCACAUCAACAAACUGGACAAAUACGACUCGGUGGAAGCCAUCAAGGCCUUCAACAAAAACAAUCUGAUUCUGGAGGAAAGAAAUAAGUACUUCAAUCCACAGCUUGCCGGAAAGACAUAUACCAACGCAUAUUUCACCGACCUCAACACCUACGAUGACUAUUAAGCCUCGAGUCAGCAGUUCAGACUCCAUACCAUAGCGGGGACACCAACCCUAUCAUCCAUUUUGACUGUAUUCUUUUGUUUGUGCUUUGUAAUGAGAUUCGUGACACCAUGCGUGGGAUAGUCCCACUCUCAGACUCUAUGGCAGCUGGUAUGUAGUGAAAACCCAGACACAAAGUGUUGCCAACAGAUGGAAAAGCCCACUUUCUCUCAGGUGCCUUGGGGUACACUUGGAAAGAUACAUUUUGGGGGGCAAAUCUUGCCUUGACUCUUUUCUCGCUGAGAAACGGACAACUGGAUUUCCCAAUUUGGACAAAAAAGGGAAAAAUAAGAACUUGACUCAAAGAGACUGUGGGAAAUGUGAUCCCCUUUCAACUUUCCUGUGACGCCUCUAAAACAGACCUGUAUUUGUAAUGAUGGGAAAUAACCACAAAGCCGCUUUGCAUGACUUCAUCUGACGUGUUUUCUCUGCCUUUCUGUUUUGUUGUUUUUCUUUUUGCAUGGUUGAUCGCAUUCCAGGGUUUGGAAACUCGCAAGCAUUUUCUUUUUCUUUUUUGCUGGUCUUAAGUUCAGGACUGGUUUUGGAAGUCAUAAAAAACAAAGACUGUGGUAAUGCCUGAUAGCUUUUACCAUAUACUGCUG